AUGUUCAGCUGGGCAAAGUCAACACUAGCCGCGGUUGCCGGCACCCAAGAGCCCGAAUACGGCCCCGACGCCAUCCAGCCCGUGGGCAAGAAGGGCGACGAGCCCGCCUACACCGAGUUGACCAAGAAGGACCUCAAGUGGGUCACGCUCGACUACACCAAUGUCGAGACACAGACGUUUUACCUCUUCACCGACGCGGGCCACAAGGGCUUCCUGCAGGUCAUCUACAACAACAUAGCCGGCCUCCGCGUGACGGUGCAGUUCAACUGCAAGCUCUUCUACCCAAACAACGAGAAGCCCUUUCUCUGGGCAAGCGACCCCGUCCACAACUAUGGAUUUGAUGAGAACCAGCACUCCUUUUACGCAGAUGGCGUCUCCAUCGAGCUUUCCGCCGACGGCAACUCAUAUGACAUCAAGGCUGCCGUCAACGAAAACAGCAUGGUCAACGUCAAGUUUACGAGGACCGCCCCUGGCUUCAUGGGAGGAAAGGACGGCAUGACCAACUACGGCACAGAUCCAAAGGCGCCAUGGGGUUCCAUGCAUCACCACUUCUGGCCGCGAUGCAGCGUCGAGGGUAAAAUCAUCACCAAGGAUGGAGAGGUCGACGUCACGGGCCGAGGCAUGUUGAGCCACGCCCUGCAGGGAAUGAAGCCACACCACGCUGCUGCUCGCUGGAACUUUGCCAACUUCCAAUCGCCCUCCUACUCCGCCAUCAUUAUGGAGUUCACUACCCCGUCGUCGUAUGCAUCGACCGUUGUCCGAGUUUGCGGCAUCGCUACCGACGGCGAACUACUGUUUGCCAACACCGACGGAGCCGAAGUGAAGCACACCGAAACCAAGCAAGACGAGACCGGUUGGGCGGAACCCACCGCUGCAAGCUACCACUGGGUCGGAAAGACCAAGGAUGGCAAGGACGUCACUGCAGAUCUCGCCGGUGCUCUCGGAAAGAACAUUGACCGUGUGGAUGUCAUGGCCGAGGUACCAGGCUUCAUCAAGACCAUUGUUGCCAGCGCCGCAGGCACAAAGCCAUACAUCUACCAGUAUGCGCCCAAGAUGACGAUCAAGGUAAAGGUGGGUGAUGAGGUCAAAGAGGAGGAAGGUACGCUUUUCACAGAGGCUACAUUCAUUUCGUAGACGUCUUCUCAAACUUGCAUAUGAAGACCCCAUGCUCUCGGAUACCCUACUAGUAAUGCACCAGGGCUGACACCUGACGAUUUAAUGAAUACACUUUGUUGC